UUCCUUUAACCGCCUGAACCCGUGGUCCUCCCAAUGCCCAGCCUCUUAACACCCCAGCUCCAGGAUUCUCCCUGACUGCCUCCCUGCCUGCCUGCCCGCCACCUGGGGCGCCAAGAGAAGCUCUUCGUGUGGGUCGGUUUCACCUGUGUGCGUCCAGGGUGGAUAGAGCUGAACCGACACCUUGGUUUCCUGGAGGGGAGGGUGACGAGGGAGAAGACAGAGGUGCAGCAGGGCUCGUGUCCCAGUCUCUCACCCCUUCUUUUGAACUUGGCCGUCUGUUUGUUUACCUGUGUUCCUGGGGGACCGGGAAAUCACUUUUCUUUUUUUUUAUCUCAGGUGUGAUGAGGCAGAGUUGAGACCUGGAGAUGGGCUCUCUGUUGUCAUUGUUUGGGCUGGACUGUGGCCAGAACAAGAACCCAGAGGUGGAGAGACACCUGAAGGCUAACGACCGGCCGUUUAACCUGUCGUACAAAUACGCUAAUAAUGCCAUCAAAACGUCCAAAUACAACAUCAUCACCUUCCUGCCUCUCAACCUGUUCGAGCAGCUCCAGAGGCUGGCCAACGCCUACUUCCUGUUCCUGCUCUGUCUCCAGCUCAUCCCAGAGAUCUCCUCCCUGUCCUGGUUCACCACGGUGGUUCCCCUCCUGCUGGUGCUCUCCAUGACAGCGGCCAAGGACGGUUCGGAUGACUUUAACAGGCACAAGAGUGACCGUCAGGUCAACAACAGGAAGGUGAACGUUCUCAUAGACGGAGAGCUGAGAAGUGAGAAAUGGAGGGAUGUUCAAGUUGGUGACAUCAUCAAGCUGGAGAACAAUCAGUUUGUGACGGCUGAUCUCCUGCUGCUGUCCAGCAGUGAGCCGCUCAAUCUGGUCUACAUAGAGACGGCCGAACUGGACGGGGAGACUAACCUGAAGGUGAAACAAGCCCUGACAGUGACUGGCGAGCUGGGAGAUGACAUCCAGAAGCUGGCCAACUUCACCGGCGAGGUGCGCUGUGAGGCCCCUAACAACCGGCUGGACCGGUACACCGGCACUCUGAGCCUGGAGGGGGAGACCCACUCCCUGGACAACGAGAGGGUCCUGCUGCGAGGCUGCACCCUGAGGAACACAGAGUGGUGCUUCGGCCUGGUGGUGUUUGGAGGCCCUGACACCAAGCUGAUGCAGAACUGUGGGAGGGCCACGUUCAAACGGACCAGCAUCGACCACCUCAUGAACGUACUGGUGCUGGGUGGAAUCUUCGGCUUCCUGGCGUUCAUGUGUGCGAUCCUGGCAGUGGGGAACGGCAUCUGGGAGCAGCAGGAGGGCUCGGUGUUCUCCGCCUUCCUCCCCCGCCUGGACGGCGUCAACGCUGCCUUCUCCGGCUUCCUCACCUUCUGGUCCUACGUCAUCAUCCUCAACACCGUGGUGCCCAUCUCGCUCUACGUCAGCGUGGAGAUCAUUCGGCUGGGAAACAGCUUCUACAUUAACUGGGACAGGAAGAUGUAUUACCCCAAGAGUGACACCCCUGCGGAGGCGAGGACCACCACGCUGAACGAGGAGCUGGGCCAGAUCAAGUACAUCUUCUCAGACAAGACGGGCACGCUCACCCAGAACAUCAUGACCUUCAACAAGUGCUCCAUCAACGGAAGAUCUUUCGGGGAGCUGUUUGACUUCGCUGGACAGAGAGUGAGAUCACUGAGACCGGAAGACGGAGAGAGUGACUUCUCCUGGAACAAGCUAGCCGACCCCAAGUUCCACUUCCACGACCACAGCCUGGUGGAGGCGGUGAGGGAGGGCUCUCCUGAGGCUCAGGUCUUCUUCCGCCUGCUGGCGCUCUGUCACACAGUCAUGGCAGAGGAGAAGAAGGAGGGAGAGCUGUUCUACCAGGCCCAGUCUCCAGAUGAGGCUCUGGUCACGGCGGCCAGGAACUUCGGCUUCGUGUUCCGUUCCCGGACGCCGGAGACGAUCGUGGCGAUGGAGAUGGGCUCCGAGGUCACCUACGAGCUGCUGGCCGUGCUGGACUUCAACAACGUCCGCAAGAGGAUGUCCGUCAUCGUACGCAGCCCGGAGGGAAGGUUCAUCCUGUUCUGCAAGGGGGCCGACACCAUCAUCUACGAGAGACUCCACUCCUCCUGCAACAAGCUGAUGGAGGUCACCACCGGCCACCUCAAUGAGUAUGCGGGGGAGGGCUUGCGCACACUGGUGCUGGCCUAUAAGGACCUCGACAGUGCCUACAUGAAGGAGUGGAGAAGGCGCCACCAUGAGGCCAGCGUCGCCAUGGACCAGAGAGAGGAGAAGCUGGACCUCCUCUACGAGGAGAUAGAGAAGGACCUGAUGCUUUUAGGAGCCACUGCAGUAGAAGACAAGUUACAGGACGGCGUACCACAGACGAUUGAGCAGCUGUCGAAAGCAGACAUCAAGAUCUGGGUGCUGACUGGAGAUAAGCAGGAGACGGCGGAGAACAUCGGGUACUCCUGCAACAUGCUGAGGGAGGAGAUGAAGGAGGUGUUCGUGGUCGCGGCCAACACGGCCGAGGAAGUCAAGCAGGAGCUGCAGAGCGCCCGUAGGAGGAUGUGUCCAGAGGGGCCGGAGGAGCCCGGCAUCAGCACAGGACGGGCGGGGCUGUUUGGUGUUCAGAAGAGGACCACGGUGGAGGACGACAAGGUGGAUGGAGAUUACGGCCUGGUGAUCAACGGACACAGUCUGGCCUAUGCCCUGGAGAAGAGCCUGCAGAUGGAGCUCCUGAGGACAGCCUGCAUGUGUCAGGCGGUGAUCUGCUGCCGGGUGACCCCCCUGCAGAAGGCUCAGGUGGUGGAGCUGGUGAAGAAGUACAAAGCAGGCCAUCACCCUCGCCAUCGGAGACGGGGCCAACGACGUCAGCAUGAUCAAAGCGCAGAGACGGCGGAGAACAUCGGGUACUCCUGCAACAUGCUGAGGGAGGAGAUGAAGGAGGUGUUCGUGGUCGCGGCCAACACGGCCGAGGAAGAGGAUGUUGUCCAGAGGGGCCGGAGGAGCCCGGCAUCAGCACAGGACGGGCGGGGGCUGUUUGGUGUUCAGAAGAGGACCACGGUGGAGGACGACAAGGUGGAUGGAGAUUACGGCCUGGUGAUCAACGGACACAGUCUGGCCUAUGCCCUGGAGAAGAGCCUGCAGAUGGAGCUCCUGAGGACAGCCUGCAUGUGUCAGGCGGUGAUCUGCUGCCGGGUGACCCCUCUGCAGAAGGCCCAGGUGGUGGAGCUGGUGAAGAAGUACAAGCAGGCCAUCACCCUCGCCAUCGGAGACGGGGCCAACGACGUCAGCAUGAUCAAAGCCGCCCACAUCGGCGUGGGCAUCAGCGGGCAGGAGGGCAUGCAGGCGGUGCUGUCCAGCGACUUCUCCUUCGCCCAGUUCCGCUACCUGCAGCGCCUCCUGCUGGUGCACGGGCGCUGGUCCUACCUGCGCAUGUGCAAGUUCCUCAGCUACUUCUUCUACAAGAACUUCACCUUCACCUUCGUCCACUUCUGGUACGGCUUCUUCUGCGGCUUCUCGGCCCAGACCGUAUAUGAUGAAUGGUUCAUCACCCUGUAUAACCUGGCGUACACAGCCCUGCCUGUCCUGGGACUGAGCCUGUUUGACCAGGAUGUGAACGACCGCUGGAGUAUGCAGUACCCCCAGCUCUACUCCCCCGGCCAGCUCAACCAGUACUUCAGCAAGAAGGCCUUCGUCCGCUGCGUGGCUCACAGCUGCUACAGCUCCAUGGUGCUCUUCUUCAUCCCCUACGCCGCCAUGUACGACACGGUCCGAGACGACGGCAAGGACAUCGUGGACUACCAGUCCUUCGUGCUGGCUCAGACCUGCCUGCUCAUGGCCGUCAACUUCCAGGUCUGUCUUGAUAUCCACUACUGGACGGCUGGGAACCAGUUCUUCGUGUGGGGCAGUCUGUCUGUGUAUUUUGCCGUCACCUUCACCAUGUACAGCAACGGCAUGUUCCUCAUCUUCACGUCCUCCUUCCCCUUCAUCGGCACGGCCAGGAACUCCCUCAACCAGCCCAACGUGUGGUUCACCAUCUUCCUCACCUCCAUCCUGUGUGUCCUUCCUGUCGUGGCGUACCGCUUCCUGCUUCUCCAGCUGUGGCCCACCGUCAACGAGAAGGUGAGGUACAAGGUGAGGCAGGCCAAGGCGAUGCCGGCUCCUCCCCCUCGCCGCAUCCCCACCCGACGCAUCAGCACCCGUCGCUCUGGUUACGCCUUCUCACACGCUAAGGGCUACGGUGACCUGGUGACCUCCGGACGCUUCCUGCUGCGGAGGCCUCAGAAGAGCCGGCCAGCGCUGUUCACCCAGACAGACUCCCCGCUGUACCAGAACCAGCCUCAGCUGUACCGGACCAUCACCGAGGAGCCCGAGGAGCCACAGAGCCCCUAGUGGCCGGGAGGGGAACAACGAGGUGGACACGACACCUCCUCACCUGGACCAACAGUUCUGUUGAGAAACACUUGAAACAGAGUUGGGUUCCUGGUGAUGCCAUGAGAUUCUAUGCCUGUGUUCUAACGCAGGAUGCCCAGACACAUCUGAGAUGAAUGCUUGAUAGCAGUUUUAUCCUGCUGAAUGGAUGUUUAGGUAUUAGCAACUGUGAAAACGAUGAGCUGUGACCGUUUCAGUCAAGGAAUUGUUAAACAUCACAAUGAUUUGAUUUGUUGAUUUAUAUUAUGGGUUUUUACGAAUGCUAUCGUAAUGUUAGGAUUUGCUAAUUGGGAAGGACACAACCGCUUUGAAGGGAUGUUUAGUAAUCUUAUUACUUACUAUCAAUCAUUUGUAGCUCGAAUAAUUUGCUUCUUCCGCUGAUGUGUGUUGUGUCUGUUCGGUUCUCAGGGUGGAAUUAUUUGUCAGGAAAUGUGUCUAGUUUAUCAAUAAUUUUACACUUGAUUUGCACUAAUCCGUUUACAUCAUUAUUUGUAUUGCUAGAUUUUUCGCUAGUUUCAAAUUAUUCAUAAUUACUGUCAUUGCGUGUGUAAUUGUAUUGUUUUAUUUUGUUUUGAUCAGACGCAAAUUAAUUGUAGGCUAUGUACUGUUUUGAGGAUGAACUACCUAAAUAAACAUUUCUUAUUUUUUGUA